UAUAUUAUAUUAUAUUAUGUUCAGUCUCUCUGAAGCUUUGAAUAUAUUUCACCACAUUGAGAGACUAUAGGCUUCUCUCUGCAGGUAAUAUAGUUUUGAAAUACCAGGUUUUAGGACUUCCAGGUCUCCCAUCUAAUAAAAUAGUUUUCGUAUUAUGUAUAUUAGUUAUAGCAUGUUUUAAAGUGGUUUUUUAUUAAUAUUUCAAGUAUAACCCUGUAAUUUCUAAAUCUCCAUGGACAUUAUACCAGCUAUAAUUAGAUUAGGCUAUGCACUGAACAGGACAGAGCACUUAAUUCAUCCAGUUAAUUUAAAGCCUUUUUCCUCUACAGUAAACAUUAAUUUGUCAUCCUAAAGAGUAUUUUGUACUACGAGCUUAUAUAUUUUUGUGUAAGUAUAUUACACUAUGACUUUACAUGUUUCACAAUCUGAUGUUGUCCUGAUCAGUACUUUUACAUUACAACAAUAUUUAUAUUAUUUUUAAAAAUAAAGAUCCAUGUAUUUUUUCCUAGGAAUGGCAUGAGCUGGUUCAAAUAAAUUGAUAAUAGAUCUAUAGACCUUACCAACAUGGUGUACGUAGCAUGGAAAUGCAGGAGAGAUAUAACAAAGGCCACUUUGUUUAUGGAUAGUACAGCCUGACAGGCUGCCAAAUUAUUCCUGGCAUACAAUGAAACUGAUACAGCAGAAUACGAAAUUGAUAUGCAAGCUGUGGCUCGGAUUUAAAUAUUCAUGUAGAUAAAUGAUGUAGGAAACAAAGAUGUAGGAAACAAAGUGGACAGAUUUGCUUGGACCUCAUGAACGUGGAGAUGCCAUGCCAUCUUUCAGUAAAGCCAUUGCUGUCAGCUAACAUGCAUAACACAAUGCUUCUGCACUCCUGUCUCGGACAUUAACGUGAUUACUUUGUCGGUUUACGUAUAGACACACGCAAGCACGCGCGCACACACACGCACUCACAGGCAUACUGGCUUCUAAGUGUUUAAUAGAAGAAAUGCUGCUGUGUUUCAAGCACUAAUUUUUUGGAGAUAAAUGGAACAAAUUAAGGCUAACAGCACUGAGCAGCAAUAUGUGUAUAUUUUCCAAAUAAUGUCUAUUCAUACCUUGUAGCUAUUUAAAAAUAAAACCCUGUUUAUUGACCCCAGUUUCCAUUUAGUGGAGCAGCUUAUAAAGGGCCUUCCAGCAUCUUUGUUAGCACCACAGAUAUGAAAGGUGUUUUCACAUAGUUAGUCCAGUAGCUUACCAUGGUAUAUGCAUAAGAAGAGCUCUUCCAAUGUCAGCAUCGCUGACUUCAAGGUCAGAAUGUGAAGAAAAAAAAAUCAGUUUCCUGUGUAGCAUCCGUUAUCAAAAAGUUACAGAAGGUCCCUAUGGACAUUGCAAGUCCCAGACAAGGCUUAGACAAUGACGGGUAAAUGUCUACUUCGUCCCUCCAGUUCUAGGGUGGGUUUAAGACAGCAUGAAAUAAACGUUUACUGGCAUGUUCACUAGUGGUGAUAUAUGUUUGGCAGAGGAACAGUGAAACCCAUGUUGCAUAGAGCAUGAUGUGAUGUAGAAACAGAUCUAUUUCGAUUUUUGGUUGUUUUACAUCAUCUAAUCAUAGGUGAACUUUAUUGAUGUCAAGGGGAAAGGAGAUUAGCCUACACCUUUCAUACAUAGAGUAUGGCAAGGAAUCUUGGCUCAUAACCUGGUUGCCUUUGCUAAGAAGUUUCCACUGGGUGAGAAGUAUUCCUGCGUGAUGAUUAUCCAGAGCAUGAAACUGUAUCCACAGAUUAAUGGAUAAGUGACAAACCUCACUAUGAUACAUUUGACCCAUCCACUUUUGAACAUUUCUGGUUCAAACUCGUGGAAACAGUCCAAGCAUGAACCAAGAAUCCAGAAAGCAUUGGAUAAAUUGUUUUGAAAAAAUCCCCCUAAGUAGUUAUUGCACCUCAUAAGCAAGUAAGAAUGACCGCUGUGUCAUCAGUAUGCGGAGAAUUGUACUCAUUUUUGCGUAUCUGAGUGCGUUCAGAGCUUUUGCUUUUUAUAGUGAUCCUGUGCGCCUUAAAAAGCGUCACUGUACCUUUAAAUCCAUCUGAUUCGGUAACAUUUUAAGAGGAAGUUCCGUGUUUUCAUGUUUAAAUGACGAAUCGGAAUUUAGUUCACCCGGUUCUCGUGUUUCAAUUGGCAUUUUACUGUGUCAAUCAAUUACAUUUGGGAGACUGAAAGAUAACACUAUUUUGGAUAAUCGGUCGGAGUGUUUUGUGGGGUGCAUCUGCAAUUAUUAGAAGGAGCUGGAAUGUAACUGCCACGGAUUUGUGUCGACCUGAGCAAGACAUGUUUUCUUCCAGACGGGUGAAAGAGGAAAAGCCGCUGACACCUAAAUACACCUAUGCUGUGGUAGUGUCAUUGGCUGAGUAUCACCGCAGGAUCGAUGCGCUAAACAGCGAAGACCUGCGCGCGCUCUGCAAACGUCUCCAGAUCUCGACUAAGGAGGAGGUCAACUCCAAGCAUGGCACCUCCAUCAAGACUGACCUGGAGCCAGAGACGUUCAGACCCAACCUCAGCGAGCCAAGCGACCUUCUGCUGCCAGAUCAAAUUGAGAAGCUGGCGAAGAACCUCCCGCCUCGAACGAUCGGGUACCCCUGGACGCUGGCCUUCGGCACGUCGAAGCACGGCAUGAGCAUAAAGUCGCUGUACCGUGCAAUGCAGGGCCAGGACACGCCCGUUUUGCUGGUCAUCAAAGACAGCGACGGAGGGAUCUUUGGCGCGUUAGCGUCAGAGCCCUUCAAAGUCAGCGACGGCUUCUAUGGGACCGGGGAGACCUUCCUCUUCUCCUUCUACCCAGAAUUUGAGGUAUUCAAGUGGACAGGGGACAACAUGUUUUUCAUCAAGGGAGAUAUGGACUCCUUAGCAUUUGGAGGUGGAGAGGGCGAGUUUGGGCUGUGGCUGGACGGAGACCUCUAUCACGGCAGGAGUCACUCGUGCAAAACAUUUGGCAACCCUAUGCUGUCCAGGAAGGAGGACUUCUAUGUGCAGGACAUCGAGAUCUGGUCGUUCGAAUAAGACUCCUGGGGGGGCGGGAGGCGGGGGGUUGGGUAGGGGGGGAUUAUUGAAAUGUAGGACCUCCCCAAAACACCAGUGUCCCAAACCUGACUGCGCAUUACCUCGACUCCCCGGACGGCCGGCGAGAAAGCGUGCGACCAAGCUUACUGUCUGUUACUACUGUUACUACUUGCGUCAAUACAGAGCUUAUUUGUGAAGUUACUAUUGGUGUGUUUUCUCAGAGUUGAGUGCAGGGAGGACGCGGGGGACCGGGGGGAGGGGGAUUAGGGGUUUGGAGGGUGACGUAGGGAGCCACAGAAAGGCAUGCCGUUGGUAUGUUCAUGGAAUUAUGGGAUUGAAGACCAUCGGAGCAUUAACACCUCAGGUGCCGAUGAUGGUAGCACAGGUUUGGGACCAGCAGAGGAACUGCGGCAACAUAUGCAGAUACAGAGCUGACCCCCCUCUUUCCGGAUCUUUCCUCGUACCAUCCUUGGUCGGGUAAUUCGUACUUGGCGCAGGCCUUAAACUGUGUCCGAGAGGAAGUGCGCAAAGCCGACGGCGCAAGGUUUCCGCUGCGUGCAACGCCUAAACACGUCCGCAGGUUAGGACCCUGCGAAACGCCAACAGUUCCCACCUGGCUGUUGCCCUGGGAAGCAAAGUAUAGAGUACUUUGUAUUAUAGUUCUCCUGUCAUUCACCCAUCAUUGCGUACCAUCUCCAAGCACAUAGCUAUAAUCAGAAUACCCAUAGUCGUACUGUUCUGUUAAGUGGGUGUAUGUGUGAGUUCAGCUAACACCUCCUCCAGCCAGGAGCUGUGUGUACUGUUCGUAGACAGUAAUGUGUUGCAAUAGAUUUGUGGAAUAUGCAAAUUACUGUCAUGUGACCUCAAGUAAUACGGGGGGCACUUUGUCUACCUGUUGUUCUUUCAGAGAGAACUUGUAAAGCUUUUACGUCUUGACAAAUAAUUGCUUUUCUGGAUAUAAUUUGAAAAGCCUGAGACGUGGUUUAUUGUUUUACAUAAAUAUAUUGCAAUUAUAUAUUUAUAUAUAUGUGAUUAUAUAUAAAUAUAUAUAAUUAUAUAUAUUGCUGUUAUAAGUGUGACAGUGAUCUUUCUUUGUGCUGACAUUUCAGCUGCUACAAAUAUAAUGUAUAUUACCCUGUAAAUUAAUGUUAAAAUAGUAGAUUUGUUCCUAUAUAUAAAUAUACAUAAAUACAUAUAUAUAAAUAUAAAUAUAUAUAAAGUGUGGAUUGGUGGGUUGCUUAUAGCACUUUAAUCUUAGUAUACAAGCAUAAGGCCAGGUUCUUGGGUACAUUAGCAGUAGCUGUACAGUCAGUUUUCUUUGUUUAGAUCAUGAAGAUGUUAACUGUUCAUAGGAAGCUUGCUGCUGCAGUAUUUAUUCAAAAAAAAAAAAAGUUACCGGGCAGUUCCCAAACGCCCAGCGUUACAGACGAAGAGAACACCGCGGGCGCUGAACGUCGAAGUCCAGCGCAGAGCGUGAAUUUCUCCUCUCCAUGUUACCUGUCCAGUGGUGUGUCACGUUGUUAGCGUGUAGACAAUGUUUACAGACAGCUAGAGGACGCGGAGAUGUAAAUAACAAUUUUUUUUUCUCAGUAGCUUUUUUUUUUUUCUUUCUCUCCCCCUCUCUGGUCUUCCACAGCAGUGUUAGUGUCCCUGUGGAGUCACAAAGAACUACAUGAAUAAGUCCUCCAAUUAAUUUCACCAGAUUACAGUGUAACAGUGAUGUAUAAAUAACAAUACAAAUGAAUAAAUUGUCUAACCUGGGA